UGUGAUCUUCGGAUCAGUCUAAAGCUCACUUCUGUGGCUCACUCAUCUCCACGCAUUCUAAAAAAUCUCGCAUUUUUGACACUUUGAGUCUCCCUUUCCCCUUCAAUUAUUCCCAGCUGGACCGAAAUAGCAUGAUACCCAAAACCUCUCACUAAAACCCUCAUUCUCACUUGAUUUUCCUUGGGGUUUUUGUUGAGAAAAUUUGUAUCAUUUCAAUGGCGUCUAUGUCAAGAUGUGUGUUAAAAGACUGUAAAUUUCAGCUUCAAGAUGCUGUUUAUUACAGACCCAGUUCUUCCUUUGCUUCAAGAAUUGUUCAAUCUCAUCUGGAUUUAAGACAUGUCUCAUCUUCACUUGAAAGUCAAAUGACUUGUCUUGCAAUUACCCAGAAGAAGAGCACAUUGAGUCCUGUUGUCGUUCAGUCUUCAAGAUGUAGGAGUUCCCAAUUUCUGUGUAAGGCAGCAACAGACUACUCUGGAGACGUGCCCACCAAUGCCCCGAAGGAAUUGAGUCAAUAUGAGAAGAUUAUUGAGCUCUUGACAACCAUGUUUCCUGUCUGGGUCAUAUUGGGAACAAUUAUUGGCAUUUAUAAACCUUCUGCGGUAACUUGGUUACAAACAGAUCUUUUUACUCUUGGUUUAGGUUUCCUCAUGCUUUCGAUGGGAUUGACCUUAACAUUUGACGAUUUCAAACGCUGUUUGCGGAAUCCAUGGACUGUUGGAGUUGGUUUCUUAGCUCAAUAUAUGAUCAAGCCUGUGCUGGGGUUCUUUAUUGCAUUGACCCUGAAAUUGUCCGCACCUCUUGCAACUGGUUUGAUUCUUGUUUCAUGCUGCCCUGGAGGCCAGGCGUCGAAUGUUGCAACCUACAUAUCUAAAGGGAAUGUUGCACUCUCAGUUCUCAUGACAACGUGUUCAACUAUUGGAGCUAUUAUUAUGACUCCACUUCUCACUAAGCUUCUGGCUGGCCAACUGGUCCCUGUUGAUGCAGCUGGUCUGGCGCUCAGCACUUUCCAGGUUGUCUUGGUACCAACAAUUAUCGGAGUAUUGGCGAACGAGUUUUUCCCCAAGUUUACCUCAAAGAUAAUUACAAUAACCCCUCUGAUUGGAGUGAUCCUCACUACGUUACUUUGUGCUAGUCCUAUUGGACAAGUUGCAGAUGUUCUGAAAACACAAGGACCACAACUGAUCCUGCCGGUUGCUAUUUUGCAUGCUGCUGCCUUUGGAAUUGGUUACUGGAUGUCCAAAUUGUCGUUUGGUGAAUCCACUUCUCGUACUAUUUCUAUAGAAUGUGGAAUGCAGAGUUCUGCACUCGGGUUUCUGCUGGCUCAAAAACAUUUCACAAACCCACUUGUUGCUGUCCCUUCAGCCGUGAGCGUGGUUUUCAUGGCGCUCGGUGGUAGUGCUCUUGCUGUUUACUGGAGAAACAUGCCUAUCCCUGCUGAUGACAAGGAUGAUUUCAAGGAAUAGAAAAAACUCUCUCAAAAUGUGGGAGUCUAUUUCUUUGCCAAAAAUGGCAAAAUCUAGGAUCCAUUCUUUUCUAUAGCCCAUUAUUUAUUCCAUCAAGAAAAUGAUUUUCUUUUGUUUUAGAUGCUAGAGAUGGUGAUGUUUAAUCCUCCCCAGUUUUUAGAUUCAUAUUAGGGAUAAACAACAAGAUUAUGGCGUGCGUCUCAACAUUAAGAUGAUUUUGGAGAAUUUUCACUUGCUUCUUCGGUCCACAUUCUAAAUAAGAGUUUGAAAACAUUGUCAA